AUUAUUAUUUGUCAAGCUCGACUGUUCACACAACGAUUGACAACUAUAUUCCACGAAAUAAUUUUCAAAUUACUAAAGUUAUUUUAAAUUAAAGUUUAUUUCAUAUAUUCCGUCAAAAAAUUUAUUUUCCCUACCAAGUCAAAAAUGGCGUCUAUGAUUACUUCCUGGAGCCCUGAUAAGAAACAUACUGACGUGGAAAGAUGGAUUUGUAUAUACCCUGCUUAUAUUAAUAGUAAAAAAACUCUAGCCGAAGGACGACGGCUUCCAAAAUCUGCAUGCGUCGAAAACCCAACAUACCAAGAAAUGAGAGAUGUUUUGUUACCAACGGGGUUACAUAUUGGGGUAGAAAACAAAUUGUAUCCUCGUGAGCGUAGCAAGGAAAUGUUAUAUAGAGGAAGGCUUAGAGUGGAAAUAAAGAAUGAUGAUGGUACACCUAUCAAGUCAGAAUUUACCACAAGGGAGGAUGUAAUGAAAUACCUAGCUGAUUCAAUACCUAAGUUAAAAACUCGCCAGAACAGGCCUGCUGAACAGCAACCUCAGACAGCGCAGCAAACUGCUAACAAAAGUAAAGGAAAGAAAGGACGUCGUUAGUUUUUUUUAUUUAUUAUAUAAUUCUUAUUAAAAAUAAAAAUUAUUUACAAAU